UAAAUGAAGGUGAGAAUUGUACUAGUGAUGGUGCUGUGUGUGGUUUGGACGAAUGUGUGUAAGGAUGGAGACCAGGAUGUGGGAGCAGCGGUUUCAGGAAGUUUUGGAGUAGCGGGGUAUACUCAAGUUUACCUGCUAGAUAUUUUUGAAGAUCAUCAGAAGAGUUUACUCUAUUUUGUUGGAUACCAGAACCCAGGGUCAACUCCAUACGAGACAAUUAUUUAUAAGUCAGAUCAUAACUUGUCCAAACUUCAAGUGGUGACUUAUAAUAUCUACUGAGUUUACUUUUCGAUGAUUAUUAACCCAAAUGGAGACUUCUUAUACAUCCUUGAUAUGACUACAGAUUCUAUAAUUGAGAUUAAAACGGCUGACCUUACCAUUGCAAGAGAGUUAUCGGUUAGCACUGCUCAAGUGAAUUAUGACACGAACAUGCAGCUAAGCACCUAUUUCUACUUUAGUGUGCGCAUAAACAUGGUUUUUGAAACUUGCAGGUGGGAUAUGUCAACUACUAAUCUCAACUGAUUAAGUUUUGGAGCUGAUGCUCAUUCUAAUUUUGUUCCAAUUAGUGACGACCUCUUGUUCUUUGCAUCAAUCGACACUGUGGCUGAUCAGUACUAUUUGGUCAACUAUAAUUUCUCAGAUUCUUCCAACUUUGUCUGGAAGAAAAGCAUUCCAUGUCCUACUUCAAGCUGAGAGAGUAAGAAAUAGUUACUCAAUCAAAGAGUUUACUAAUUUUAUUGCUGUUCAAAUCCAAACUUCAGGAUUGCCAAAAGGUAAAAGAUUAAUUUUGGUAGAUUCUGAUAGCACUAAGAUAUUUAAGGAGUUCAAAUGAAUCGAUUCCAGCUCUUAUUCCACUGCAAGAUUAUUAUAUAAAGGGCAAGAAUUAAUGUACCAUUCUGGAAGGAUUUAUUCAAAUAAUACCUUUUUCUUUGCGAGGUCAUCUGUUAAUAAUAUUGAUCAGCUUCGAGAGUUUGAAGAGGAUGCUCCAAUUUUUAUGCCGAUCACUUCUGAUUAUCAAGUAUCUGAUAUUACAACUUCAAGUCCUAAUCUUACCAGUAGCUUCAAAACUCUCUUAAUCUCUACCUCAACAUCAAUCACAGAAAAUGACAUCACUUCAACAACUGACCCCACUUUCACCACUUAUGUUGCCUUGUGGAACCAGGAUCAUAUCCAGUCUGUCCAGAGCAACUCAUCAGUGCAAGUAGACUUCACUUGGGCCUGAGCCCAGUCUGGAAACUACACUGACAUCUCCUUCAGCCUGGUCCCGACUAGCUCUAAUACAAUCCCUGAGUGGGUCCAAAUGGAUGCAGCCAAACAGGAACUGCACCUCAACACAACUCCCAAACUCACUGAGGAGAAGACGUUUUAUUUCUCACUCGAGAUCUCCUUCAACACAGAAGUCCACCACAAAAGAUUUGAAAUUACCGUUGAAGAGUGAAACAUUAUGAAUUGUGAAGUCUGACAACUCAGCUCUCCAGAUCUGUGAGAAACUUGAACUACAGAUUAUGAAGCUACUGAUGGCCAGAAGUCGUGUUCUGAGAUAACUUCAAUGCCUGGAGCAACUGAGGCUGCAGCUGCUAUGGUCACAUCGAGUGUUGUGUUGGCUAGUGCCUCAUCGAUGUUAUCAUUAACAUCGAUCAACUCAAUAUUCAGCAUCAUGAAUAGCAUGCAGCUAGGAGUAUUACUACCCCUGGUUCCUGAUUACAUUUCACCUAAAGUGCUCGAUUUUCUAAGUAGUAUGGGCUUCACAAUGUUUUCGUUUGACUUUAUCAAGUUCAAAGACAUCCCGUUUGUUGAAGCCAUAUCGAACUGGGUUUCAUACCCUCAAUCUGACGAAUAUUUGAACAGUCUCGGGCUGAGAUCUGGAAGCUCUAUCGUUAAUUACCUAUCUCUGAUGGCUGUUAUUAUUCUCGUAGGAGCUAUCCAUCUGUGAAUAUUCGGAUGAUAUCUGUGAACAGAGAACUCUAAACACAAAAAAUGCAACAAGUUCUUGGGUGCACUGUUAAAGUUCCUCACAUUCAACAUUUACAUCAGGAUAUUCAUACAGGCGUUCUCAUUUACGACUCUGUCUAUCUUCUCUGAGCUUUACAUGUUCAACCUCAGCACCACCGUGACCAAAGUGUCUUUAGGUCUCUGAAUAGUGUUCGGGAUCUGCACAAGCGUGUUGUUUAUAUUGUCAUUCAUCAUGUACGCUAAGUCGUUUCCUGAGUUUGACAAAAAGAAGUAUUGGCCGUGAGUUGAGUACUUCAAUGGGAUCAAGCCAACAAAGUUUUCUAAACUCUACUCGAGUUUGUUCAUGUUGCUGAGACUGCUGCUGUCAUCAUUGCUGAUAUUUGGAGCCACUGUUUCUGGAUCAACGAAAGGAACAUAUUUCUACUUGCUAAAUAUUGUAUAUGGACUGUAUUUGAUCGGAGUCAGGCCAUUCGAGAAUCCACAAGACAGUGUCAUCGAGAUCAUCAACCAGACAAUGUUCUGCUGUUUGUCAGUUCCGUUGUCAUGGCUCAACACAAAAGAAAGCUGGACUCCGUUUUAUGAAAGCUACUACACCACAAUAUUUAUGGUUUCGCCAGCGAUUUGAAGUUUGGUGUGAAUGAUAUUCUUGGUAAAGUCAAUAGUAAUCUCCAUCAUUAAAUGGAAAAGGAAUAAAGCUAAAAAUAAUGUUGUUCCAAAGAAGCCAUCACCAGAAUGUAUAACUCAUCAGAGAAGAGCAGAGCAUGCUCAGGAUCGAGCUCCACCAGUUUCUGGUCAUUCUUCUAGCAUUAGCAAAAGCAAUCUGAAAAUGAUACAUGCUCCAGCCACUAAAAAUUAUCGUAAGAGGAAACUUGAUCGGGCAAGAAAAGUCAAGAUUGGACCAAGAAUUUAA